GGUCCUUUCUGCACUGGAGAGACAGUUUCAUCAGCUGCGGUGGUGUUCUGCUGUGAGAAUAAACUAUGGAUGCUGCAAAAAAGAGUAUGCUUAUGUGGAGAUACAGAAGAUGCUAAUGAAAGAUAUGACAGUUCUCCUGGCCCGUCUCCGAAAGUGGAAGAAAUGGCAACGGCUGAAAUGUGUAAUUCCCCAAUGUCAGCUGAAAGAAGUGGUCAUUCUUUUGACGCAAACCAAAAUGAAAUGAUGGAGAAAAGUAUACAGGAAUGGAAUGAACAGCUAGAGAAGGAGCUUUUCAGUGUUCUAAAUGAUCUGGAUGACCAGCUGGCCCAGGAACAAGCCCAAGACCCACUGGACAGGACAGUUUCUACUGGCAGCACAUCAAAUAUCCAAUACAGUACUGCAUUCCCUACUUCAAAGAGACAGACUGCUAGUAGGGGGCAACACAGAAAUGACUGGAGUGACAUGCCUAGCACAUUUUUCCCUGACGGACUGAGAACAAUAAGAGCCAAAGAUGAACACAAGUUUUUCAUCAGACCAAGAAAAUUACACAGUGCAUAUAUAAACUGGCACCAGACAGCCUUUCAAGAUGAUUACAAAUAUGGUGAUCCAGUUGAUGGAAAUCCUCCUCCACUAAGCAGGAGGCUGUCUUCUGUUUCCUUUGGACGGUCUUCAGAAGGUAGCUUAUAUCCUCCUUCCAUAACACAUCACAGUGGAUUUAGGCACAAGAGUUGUAUGAACAGUAGUACGGUUGGCAGAAGUUACUCUGUAUGUUCCCUUCAGAGAUGUUCGUCAUCAGUAUCUUCUGACCAGCUAUCAGCAUCUAGUUUACAACAUUCGUUGGCAAGGGAGAGCAGUAAUGGUUUUGUACCAAGGUUUGGUCGACAGAACCCAAAGAGAAUUCCUCUGUCUUCUAUUGUAUGGAACAACACACCAGACUCUCCUGGACAAACAUCAACUCAAGACAAAAUGUUUAGAACCCAAUCACUGAUGGAGGUUCAUGCUACAGACCAUGGUGGAUAUCCUAGCUCUCUGCAAGAAACCAAGAACUAUGCAUGUCACCACUCGAAACACCACUACAGAAGAUCUAUUUCCAGCACUAAUUGCUUUAGUAGAAUUAGUUGCCCUGACAAAGCUACUUCUCCUUUGCCCUUUGAUAACUGGGAAAAUUAUCCAUUAUACAAAUCGGAAAAUAAUCUCUCUAGAGCCUACUAUAGAGACACUUCUUCUCAUGGCAAGUGGUACGCAAACCAAAAAAAUUCUCAUUAUGGAAAAAAAGACAGCUAUUCUUCUUGGGCUGAUAUCCCUCAGUACUACAGUGACGAAGCAUUUGUUUCUCCUGAUGCCAGCUUUGAAGCGAUUCUGGCUAAUUUAAAUGACCAGCAGUGGGCACAUACAAAGAAUGCCAAGUUUGGUUCUCAGCGCUUGCAGAACGAUUUUCACGUGUAUUCUCCAGAAAAUAUGAAUAUGAAAAGGAUAACAAGAAGUGCAAAUAGAACUUUUUCAGAAUUCACCGAGGGCUGUCAGCCUUGGCUAAGUUGUAACUCUUCAGUUUCUUCAUCUAGUAUCAGAACUGAUGACUCAGUCUUUCCUAAUUUGAAGGACCAAACAAAACCUAUAGGACUGAACAGGAAUUCAGCCUCCGUUUCCCAAAGGAGUACUAAGGCAGACUUUACACAACUAGAAAAGGUUGAAGGUAUGAAGCAACCAGAUGAAGAAAUGCCGUUACCGUCAGUUUCUCAACAAGCCAAUACAAACUACAUCAACACCCAGAGUUUUCCCUCUAACAGCUCUGCUUCUGCCAUGCUGCAAAGCGAUGCAUCUCUCUUUAACACAAUGAGAUCAAAGAGACAAACCCAAUUCACUGCCAGAGGAGAUAUUGCAAAAAUACAUACAUCAAACGGUGAAAAAAGAAAUGUAAGAAUGAAGGAAAGCAAUUGCCCACCCAACAGUGUGUUCCGUCAGCCUCCCUGCAUUUUGCCAGCUGCUGAGAGCAGGAAGGAACCUUUUCUUCCAAGUCAGAAAGAAUGGGAACAUAAUCUGUAUUACACAGCAAAAAGAGAGAGCAUCAAACAGGAUAAUCGGAGUGCAGAAGCCGUUGGCCAAGCUGCUCCAAAGAGGCACCCCUCACUGCUGAAUGCUGCUUCUGCUCCACCCACUGAAAAACUGGAAAACUGUCAAGGCAUGUUGUCCUGUCCUCCUGAACGUUCAUCUAGCUCCUCACAAAGCUCUCCACAAGCACUUUCUCAUAAAGACAAUUCUAAACGUUCAGGAACACUAACUUCAGUAAAUUGCACGGUUACUGAACCUCAAGCAGAAGGUGGAAAAGCAGCUCAAGUGAGCAGAAUAGGUGUUACCAAAACGAUUUCACAGAAAACACCGCAAAAUGCAAGCACUUUAUUUACUAAGAACUGUAACGGACAAUUCACUACUAGUUCUCCACAAAAUGGAAAUUCUGGAAAUGUUUAUAUGCAUAACUUUGAUGGAGAACCCAAGAUCUCUGAACAUAGUUUAAGUUAUUUUUGCCUUGAAAAAGAAAGGAAUAAUUCACCUUGUAUUGAAAGGCUUCACAAGCAAGACGGCUUGCUGAGGCAGACCAGUAGCUGCAGCAUUACUGGCUCCCCUAGCAGAAACAGCCCCAAAUCUCUUGACCCACUGGUUAUUUAUUACACUUUGCCUAGGAAAUCAGCCAGCAUUGCUGGUAGUAGUAUGUCAGAUACGCCCAUCUCUUUACCUAGAGAAGGCAGAACAGCAUACAGUUGCUUAAGGUCUGAAACUCCACAUAGAGCUGGUGCCUUUUGUUCUAAUCAAAGAGAUGUGUCUUGUUUAGACUCAAAACAUCCCUUUUAUACGUCAGCAUCAUUAAAUGCUGCUGCAAGUAACAAAGAGAAAGAUUACCCCAGUCCUUUAACCAGAAGUCCUAAUGAUUCAGUAAGUAGUAGUACAUCAGUUGAACUGACAGACAGAUGUAAACAUUUAAGAAGAGAAUCCUCUGUGUUUGCAGAUUGUAAGGAGAGGGGAAAUUUUUUGCAGAAGUAUAAAACUACAAGCACAUUUACAGUUUGUGUUGAUGAAGAUCAUGUCAAGUAUCAUGAACUUGUUUCAAUUUAUUACACGUUACCACGGAGACAUUCAAGAACAUUUUGUAGCCUCUUUAGAGAUAAUCCAGAGGAUGCAGAUUUAACUUGUCCCAAAGAAAGUGCUCAGUCACCAAGAAUACGAAGUAAGAGAAAUGAAGGUCAUGUGAGUUUAGCAAAUGUUUUUUUCCCCAGUACUUCAGAAAAAGAGGUGCCUUCAUAUUCUUCUGACCAAGUAUCUUCAGCUUUGGUCACAUCUCAGGACGUAGGAACUGCUGUUGAUAGUGAAGCUCCUAGCUCUGAGAAGAGAUGUACUUCAAAGUCAGUGAGUAUGGUACAUAGCAGGACAGAUAGCUCAGCAGAUCUUUCAAUCGCAGAAAAUGGGCUUUCUGACACGGUGACAAAAGAAAUUUCUUUUGGUGGUCCACAAUCCACUGCAGUAGUGGCAAAGUCAGGUAAGGUCAUUUCUGACGCUUCAAGCAGCCAAAACACAGAAAUAUGUCUAAAAGACAAGAAGGACAUUUUACAAACAGCCACACCACUAAUGUCCACUUUAUCAGCCCCUCCCAAGCCAGGCGGACAUUUCAAGAAUCCUUUGUAUUCUACUUCAACAAAUAAAAAUACUAUGCAGAAGGGAAACUCUGAAAACUGCUGUCAGCCCCCUAAAGUGAACACCAAUAAAAAUCUGAAUAGCUCACUCCUCCACCCAGGAGAGAGGGAACCAUUCCUUGGAAGGAAUGGUAACACAGAGCGUGCUGAUGUGCCGCUUCCUCCUGCAGAAGACACGCACAAGGAUAGUACCCAAGUCAAACAGAGAGUAAAUUUCCUACACCAAACCACCCCUCUGUAUAAUAAUAAGCAUAGUGGGCUGCAAUUAAGGGCUGACAGUUCAAGAAAAAAUGCAAAUUAUUUAAACUCUUGUAGCAAAGUGCUUUCAGAGUCUCAGAACAAAGUGUGUGAGGUAAGCACAGCUUCCAGUGCUGAUCCAUUACUUCAGCUAGAUGAAGGGGUUAGCACAGAUACUGAUGACUUAAAGAAUUCAAAAACCAAAAAAGAACAAAAGUCACAGAGUACUCAAAAGGGUAGCGAUUGUAGUAGUUUGCAGGAAUCAGAGAGACACAGUGAAGGCUGCCUGAACAUUAACUGUAAAGAUGAAGUCCUCAGGGUUACCCAACAUCAGAAGACAACACCAAGUGCAGAAGAUGAGAACAAGCUUCUCUCUGACUGCACAAGAGACAGAGUCAAAGAUAUAGAAAAAAGGAAAAACAGAGCUUCAAUUAAAAAUAAACUGGCAGCUGUUUGCAAAACAAGUCGAAAAUUUUCAAGUAAAAAUUUACCCCCCAAACCGCACAUAAGUAACAUUUUUUCACAGAAUGGUGGAAAUGCCGCUUUAGAGGUCGACAUGUCUUCUGAUUCAUUGAUUUCAACAGAUUCCCAUCAGCCAUUCCUGCAGUUGGACAAGGAAAAUCAGAAUCACAGUCUGGACCCUGAUAAGAAUACGCCAAGAACAGCUGAGAAGAAGACAACUGAAAAUCAGAAUGAUCCUUCUUUGCUUGUUAAUAACACCAAUUGGAGGUCUUUUACAAGCUCAUACACCCAGAAGGAAGCCAUCAGUCCCAAAACACCUACAGUGAAAGCGGGAAAUAGGCCAAGUCUUACAACCCUGUUUCCAGAUAAAGCAGUAACCACAAGAAAUAAGAAUUCCCAAACACUCGAUCUCAGGUUAGAAAGCAAAAGCCAGCCCAUCUCUCCCAGUGCUACUGCAUCAGACCCACUGGAUGGUGAGAAAAGAAGAGCUGGCAGUCGUGCCUGCACUCCUCCCUUGCCACUUUUAACUGACAAAAACUCAAACACGUAUGUAAAUAGCUGCUUGCAGGCAGACGUAUGUCCACAGCAAAACUUGACUUCCCAGACGGUGCUUGGUCAGUGUCAAAACACCUCUCAGUUUGCUGGCGUAAAAAAUGCCAACUUGCACGGCUACCAGUUGCGCAAGAACCAUGCCAGGAGCCAGCGGGAGCGUCACCUCUCUGAGAGUGUUUGUGCUCGAGAUUCCCACGAGCCCUUCUCCUCGGGAAGCAAUGUUCUACCAACAGAUGGUCUACACGGGAAGAGAUUUAAAUCUUACUCGGAGCUGUUGUCUUGUGAUGAAAAUGAAAACUGGGCCUCAGACGAUGAAAAAAGUUACGGCACUAGAAAUUUGAUGUAUCCGUCUGUUGAAUUUGGUAUAUUUGGCAAAGAACAACAGUUGGCUUUCCUGGAAAAUAUCAAGAGGUCACUCACCGAAGGGCGGUUAUGGAGACCUUGUCUUCUUAACAACCCUGGUGCUCUCAGAGAUGGAGAGGGCUCUUCUAUCAACAGGGCUGAGCUUUUGAGCUCAAGUUCUGCUGGGAGCAAGAUGUCAUCGGCUGCUUCAUCCCCCCGAGAGCCAAUUGAUAUCUAUCAGGAAGACCCGGCAGCUUAUUCGGAUUCAGACAGUGAUACCACCACCGAUGAUGAAUACUACCUAGAUGAGAUCGAUAAAGAAUCGGAGCUAUGAAGGGCCCGGGGACUAAGAUGGCACGACAGCUCGGUAGUUUCUGGGCAGGCAAAACCAUGUAAAAUACUUCGAGCCAGUUCUUGUGCUGCUAUAAAUUGGUACAACUUCAUUAGUUUUCAAGAAGUUAGUAUGUUACAUUCGUUGAGCAUUUGACUUUUGUAUUAAAUAUGAGGCUUCACUGUUGUUUUUUUCCCCUAGCAGGGAAAAAGAAUGUUAAAAAAUCUCUUCCCAACAUAAUAGAAGGUAAACAACUGAGGAGCUUUGGGCAGUGUAACUCGAGAGAUGGCUUUCCUCUGAGUCAGCAAGCAGUGGCUUAGGCUCCUGCCAGCUCGCAGUGCUGGAAUGGAUAAAUUCUAGCUUGAGCUACUUUUUGUUACGAGACUUAACAGAAAAACAAGAGUUUUCUUUGCUGAUAAAUGGCUGUUUCUCCAAUUUUCCUCAUUUACCAGAUCAAGUGUGAUAAUGCCAAUCCAUCCCACCCAACAAACACCCCCACAAAACAAAACCUGUUCAAUUUUUACAGCAUAUUCUCUAUGAAUGUUCUUUUUCUGCAUUCCUGGGAGGCGCAGCAGCAGUGUCCCUGGUGGCCUUUGUUCUGCCGUGCAGUUGAGGCGGAUUCCACACCGGGAUGUUUCUCCUCAGCAUUACAAGAGCAGUGAACAAUGUUGAGUUACAGAAGUGCUGCAGUGCACGGGAGACAGCUUGGCAGAGGGCACAGCGCUGGAAAACCCACCACAAUUCCUGAGGAUGUUAAGAAACACAGCUGAGCAUGGAAAUCUGCUUUUCAGACAGGGGAGGUUCAUAACUGAUGAAUGGCCAGAUUUCUGCCUUUGAUUUAGGAACAGGUUAAUUUGGAUUAAUAAUCCGACAUUUUAAACCAUGGAAAAGGUAAAAAGAUUUACUCUAUUUAUUUUCUAUGUAAACCUCAUAGGUUGAAUCCUAAGUUGUCCUAAUAUUGGGAAGACAACCCUCGCCAGUACAACUCCUUACAUCCCAGAGUUCUGCUGCUGCCUCUGUGCCGGGCUGGUCCCGGGGUGAGGCACUGGCAGCUGCUGGGCUCCUUCAGGGCAGCACCACCCGAAGCGGCCCGAGAGGACACUUGGCCAGGUCACACCUGCACCUACAGACUGGCUGGUUUAUACAUACUGAGUAAAUAAAACCAGUAAGAAAUGCUCUUUCCCUUUUUGAUAUUUUUCAAGCAUUCGCACUGUCACCAUGCUAAUUUUACCCUUCGAACUGAACAGCUGUAAACAUUUUCCAGUGGCUUUUCUUCAGCCACACUAAUAAUGUAGUAUUAUUACUCAGUAGCCAAAACUCAUCCCUGGCCAUUAAAUUUAUGACUAAGUUUUGAUCUGUUUUUAUACAAGAUCAGGAGUGGCUCACUGAGCCAGCAGAUAGUAUUUUUAAAUAAUUAUACAUUUACUUUUACUUUAUUUCUAAUACCACCUAUGGUCUAAAAUGAUGAUCCAUAUUUUUGAUAAACUUUUUAAUUCAAUAAAAUUUCUGUAGGACAUAAUUAUAUUUUUGUAACUAGAAGGAUAGUAUACUGGUAUUUUAAAAUAAUAUAUUUUACACAAAACAAGCAAUGCUUGUAUCUCUGACUACUCCACAAGAAACUAAAAUAUGAAAAUAUUAUAGUAGGUAACUGGCAUCCUUAUUUUUUUAUACUGUAAACUUCGUUAAAGAAGUGGGUCUGUAGUUCAAAUCUGCGCCAAUAUAUAAGUAUUAUUACUGGGGUAAUUUGUCUUUUAUUGUACAUAGAAGGACUAACAUAAACUAUGUAUUUAUAGUCAAAACUGAGCUCUACGUCAUGCCUGGUUUGGAAGGAUGUAAGCAUAAGCUGACAUAUACAAUGCUGGAAGGAAAUGACUACCAUAUAAUUGCAAUCUUGUAAAAUGCGGUAUCCUGAGGAGAAAUUGUGUUUCUCUGUAAAUGGCUGUAUUCUGUGUAUUCUGGUGGCCAGCCCACCCCAAACCACAACAGCACAGAGUUCUGUAGAGUAAGACAAUAAAACCAGCUGAGUAUCAGGGAGGAAUUGCCGCUGCUGUACAUUUCUGCAAAAUAUGUUAAUCCAAAACCUGGCAGUACCAGCCUACAUAAGGUAAAGAAUAAUAAAAUAAACGUUUACAAGGGAAGUAAAUGGUCAUACAGUUUCUCUUUACUAGGAGUGGACGGUUUAGAACAUUUUUAUUUGUAAAUAUUUUGUACCUGUUCAACAGAAGUUGGGAUAACUUCUCACCUUGUUGGCAUAAUUUUUUUUUCAUUUGCUAUGCUGUGUACGUACAGGAAAUCGGGUGGCUUCAUUUAAUGAAAGCUUUUGGUCAUAAAUCAGUUGGGGAAGACUGCAGCCUACCAAGGAUCUGCAAACUAAUAUUUACACCGAAUAAUGGUAUUCUGUAAAACAGGCAAUUGGCAUGAAAACAUAGGGAGAAAUACCCUUUGAAUAGCUAUCUGCUCCAUUCACUUUAGUAGAGCCAGAUUUUGACAUCUUCGCUCUUCCAAGCUUUUUCUUUGGUAAAAGUGUAUGCUACAAAUGUUCAUAAUUUAUAGGAUUUUCAUAUUUAAAAUUAUUUGUUUGAAAUAAAUUCUGCAUUCAAAUGAAAAAAAAGAAA